AUACAAGAUCCAACCCAAUUGGGUGGUACAGAAUAAUGAGCUGGAUCUCAUCGCAUCUACCUUCCUCUGUAGCUGGCAAUGCCCUUGUAAUCAUACGGGUCCACCCGAAAAGUUCACCCGUAUAUCCUCUCACAUCAUUCUGACCCACAUUCGUAGACUUCAUACUCAUCGUCAAUCAAUCAAAUUUGUUAUCCACCAGAUUCAUCCUACUUCAAUUUGAAACAAUUUGUUUUGUCCUAUUACGUUUCCCCAAUUCGAAUUGGCGGGAAAUCGUUGUUAUAUAUGGAAAUUGAGUGGUGAGUUUGUAAUUUGAUUGAGAAAAAGGAGAUGGGUGUUUCUGAUAAUUCGACAGGGUUGAUAUUAGCUGUGUUGUCUAGUGGAUUUAUUGGAACGAGUUUCAUAUUGAAGAAGAAAGGGCUUAAGCGUGCUGCUGCUGCCACUGGUUUCAGUGCAGGACAUGGAGGGUAUACAUACCUACAAGAACCACUUUGGUGGGCAGGCAUGAUUACAAUGAUUGUUGGAGAGGCGGCCAAUUUUGUUGCAUAUGCUUAUGCUCCUGCUGUCCUUGUAACCCCACUUGGUGCUUUGAGUAUAAUCGUUAGUGCUGUUUUGGCGCACUUUUUGUUAAAAGAACGGUUGAAGCAGAUGGGUGUUUUGGGAUGUGUUUCAUGCAUAGUUGGUUCAGUAGUUGUUGUGAUUCACGCGCCUGCGGAGUCUACGCCAACUUCUGUAGAAGAAAUAUGGAAUCUUGCAGUUGAACCAGCAUUCCUAAUAUACGUAGCAGCUACAUUGUCACUAGUAGCGGCUCUCGUGAUGCAUUUUGAGCCUCGCUAUGGGCAGUCAAACAUAUUAGUAUACUUGGGGAUCUGUUCUCUAAUGGGUUCUUUAACGGUUGUAAGCAUAAAGGCAAUUGGCAUUGCAAUAAAGCUUACUCUAGAGGGAAUCAGUCAGAUCGCGUACCCUCAAACUUGGGUCUUUGUCACUGUUGCUGUGCUGUGUGUGAUUACACAGUUGAAUUAUCUUAACAAGGCAUUGGAUACAUUCAACACAGCAAUUGUAUCCCCUAUAUAUUAUGUGAUGUUCACUUCUUUAACAAUCGUUGCAAGUGUGAUUAUGUUCAAGGAUUGGAAAGGUCAGAGCGUUAGCGAUAUAGCGUCUGAAAUAUGUGGAUUCAUUACCGUUCUUUCGGGAACGAUUGUUCUUCAUUCCACAAGAGAACAAGAACCAUCUCCAGCACCAGGAACGGUAACAUGGUAUGAUCAAGAUCCCACAAAAGCCGUCGAGGAGGAUGAACAUCUAAUCACUGUUCAUAAUUCUGAUUAUUUUGACUAGAAAUAUUGUUUGAAGCUUCUAUAGAAGACAUGCAAUCGGGUUGGAUCAACGUGCUUGACACAGAAGAUAAUCAAAGAGUGUAUCAACUCAGAUAUGAGAUAUCAACUGAUUAAUUGGUGCAAAGUGUUCUGCUAUUUCGCGGUUUGUACAUAUUUUUUGUCUUCUCUUUUUCCCGAGUAUAAUUCUAGUUUAAGCCAUGUGGUGUUCGUUGUGUAAAGAUAUUAUUUUCCUUUCUUUCAUACACAUCAAGUUUAUACAAAGAUGUACUUCCAUGAA